UUCACAGAUUUGAAGGCUGUAAUUUUUUGCACUUUAUUUAUUUUUAGCAAUUUAUUUGCUGAAUUUGCUUUAUUUUGCGUAUUUAAUAUUUAUUUUAUAUCUUUUUUCAUUGUUGUACAAGCUUUUGAUUCCUAAUUUUUUUUGUAGGAGUACUUUAAUAAGUUAUUUUAGUUAUCAUAUGCCUACCAUUUGUCCUGAGCUGAGGUUUGUGAACCCGAAUUCAGCCUCACACAGAGUUACGAUUUUAAGAAGCUUAUUAAGAAAGAUGAAUAGUGGAAGACGAGCCCAAUGAACCCGGAGCCGGUCCACCUGGACCAGCUUCUCGAAGGACUCUGGAGCGAAAGCUGGAGGCGGGUCUGCCCGGACCCCCUCCUCGAAGGACUGGGGAGUGAAGACUGACGUCGAACCCUCGCAGGCUGGAGCAGAGGCGGACAUCGGACACUCGCAGACAGGAGCAGUGUUGUGCGUCGGACCCUCACAGACUGAAACAGUGGCGUGUGUCGCACCCUCGCAGGAUGGAGCAGUGGCGAGUGUUGGUCCCUGGCGGACUGGAGCAGUGCCGUGCAUCGGACCCUUGCAGACCGGAGCAGUGCCGUGCUUGGACCCAUGCAGACAGGAGCAGAUGCGAGCGUCGCACCAACGCAGGCUGAUGGACUGGCGACCAUCGCAUCCACGCAGACUGGAGGACUGGCUACUGUCGCACCAAUGCAGACUGGAAGACUGGCGAGCAUCGCACCCACGGAGAGAGGAGCUGAAGCGGCAGCCAGACCCUCUGCGAAUGGAGCAGGGUCCAGAUUAUCCACUUAAUCGUGGACGUGUUUAGAAGUGUUCUUUCUGGCUUUGACUGGAUGAGCUAUAGGCUCAGCUCUGGGUGGCUGAGCAGCUACUGACCCAAUUGUCUCUAGCUGGGGGACGGGAGGCAUAACUGAAACAACUGAUCGAGGGAAUAAAUCUUCUCUGUCCCCAUAAAAGAAGGCCCACAGAAGCGACUCCUGAAUAUGUAGAGCUCUGGCUGGAGGAGGCGUGGUCUUCCGCACAGCGGCAGAAGAUCUUAGUCGUGGGGCCAGCUGAGUGUCGUAGAGGUGGUGGUAGAGACAAUGGGGAACUCAAUGGCGUCUAGCCUGGCUCACCGGGGCAGCCGGGAUGACCUCAGGCUAACUCACUGGGGAGACUCGGUCUGAAACACCAGAGGAGCUGUGGUGGUGUCAGGCUGAGCCUCAGGAGGGACAACAGAGGCGUUUCUGUGUCAGCGGGCACAGUGUUUGUGCUGGGAGGGGUUUGUUGGCAACGAGGACGCUAUUGUGGGCGAGGAGGAAGCAGAAGUAGCGGGUGCAGCAGGCGAGAUGGACAAACAGGUGAGUGGUGGUCAGGGAGGAGGUGGCUUGUUGAGGAGCUGAGAAACCGCUGCACGAUGAUUCCAGUCCAGUUUCUCAAACAGCCCAGUUAUUUUAAGAUGUGACAGGAGGAAAGCGUUAUCUCUUAACAUAUCCCGUAUUUGGGCUACUGCAACCACCCGCCUCCAAGGUGGGCUAAGCGUAGCAACGGUAUCCAAACUUUCUCUUAGUUGUCUGAAGAAGAGCUCCGCCGCGUCACGCGGGAUGAUCUCUGCUGAGUCCAUCUUUAAGCAGAUUCCUUCACGAAAACUCGUACUGUCAUUGUCAUGAGUUGUUAGACGAACCUGAACACAGCCACACACAGAGCUUAGUUUAAGAGCUUUUAUUGAAGGUUGAGGGUUGUGGAGGAUGUGACCAACAGCUUAUACCAGGCUGGAGCAGGAGAGUGGUGAUGGUAGGAGCAGGAGGACAGACGGGAGCUGGAGAGCUGCGGGUGCAGUGCUGUUGAGCCAGGCAGAUGCUGGGAGAAGACAGGAAACCAAGGCAGGGAAUGCAGGCAGGCAGUCGUGAGGAAUGGACGAGAUAGAAAUGAAGACGAUCCGGCAGAGAGGAGCUGACUGAGGUGAGUUUAAGUAGAGAGGUUGGCAGGUGGAAUGAGUUGUGGAAUGUAUUAAUUUUGAUUCAUUUUUUAGUACACAUUUAUGAAGGUAUAACAUGCUUUUAAUGUGCAAUAUAUUUGCUUUGAGGCCUGUCUGUUUGUUAGAAGAAUAGAAUGUGAAUAGAUAAGGUUAAAUGAGCUGUUUACGAGCAAAAGUAUUAGGAGAGAGUUUCAAGGCCAGUCCUAGGCAGUGGGAAAGAACAGAAACUCCGGUUCACAUGCAGCUGGAGGAAACAACGAGAAGAUAGUUAUUAGGGAGUAAGAUAGCAAUAAGAUGUGUGCGUCAUUCAUUGUGUGACCUUGUAUAAUCUGUGUUCUAACUUUAAUAAAACUAGCCUGAGCGGGAGAGAGAGCGAGAGCUGUUGCCCGCAGUCGGCAGGUGUAUCAUCUCUCCCCUUUUGCAAAGCAGAUGGGAGUUUUGCUUACUGAAAGAUGUUCUGAGGGCAGAAACUAAUGGGAUUGGUUCAAUCAGGCAACCAAUCAGAACAGAGGAGAGGCGCGCCUAACUAAUUUGAAGUUAGCGAGAGAAGCAAGCGGUUGUUACUGUUUAUUUUCAUGGUCGCAGUUCUCGAUUAGCUAUAAGAACCAUUGGGAAGAUCAUGGAUGCCAUGUUUUAUCUGAAAGGAAAGCAUGAUCAAACAUGUGUCCUGACAUCACAUGUAAUUACCAAUAUAUUGGAGGGCACAAAAAGGGCCAGGAGCACCUACUUUGUGAAGGUAUGAUUAAUUUAUUGACCAACACACUAGACUGGAUGCAAUUUAUACACAACCUCACUCAUGCUUCAUGCUGGGUGAUAACAUAGUAGCCUGUAUAUGUUACCUAAGAAUACUGUGAAGCCCUCUACUUAUGUGGACAGUUGUGCUCUGAUAAUAAGCCUCUUUAACCAAGACUUGGCAAUCAUAAUCCUGACAAGACAAGACCUACUGUAUAUUGUUCUAUUACCCCAUCUCCCCAGAAUAACAUUCUACACAGCAGUAGGUAUAUCAUGGGCCCCUAUUUGGAGAAUGGUAACCACUGGACCUUUGUUGUAAGUAAACAUAGUGCUUACUAUGUAAGUAAUGUUUUAUUGUUUAAGUUCUCUGAUAAUUCUGCAUUGGGAUAAUCAAGUUAUGAUCGUCUUCUCCUCCAGUGGUCAAGGAGAGUCAUUACUGUACAUGUAAUUUCUCUCAAACCUGUUCCACCACUCCAGGUUCCAAACAUAGUUCCAGUUUCUGUCGCUGUUUACAAACUUUACCAAUGCUCUCUGUCUCUGUCCUGGUUUUUGUGCUUCAAAUCACUAAAGUUACUGUUUCCUUUUUGUAGCAUUUUGACCUAACCUCCAAGGUCAUUACAUAUGCCAAUUCUUUGGGUGAGUCUACGGAUAAGAUGUCCGCAAAUCAAAGACAAUUGGGGAAAAUUUGCAGAGGCUAGGCAGACAACUGGACCUUGGACUAUUAAGUCCUUUAAACAUGGAAAGCAAAUGGACAGCGUGUCCUGUGGUGUUUUCACCAUCAUGUUUGCAGAAUGCCACCUUAGUGUCUCCCCCUUCAGGGACUGCUGUCUUUUCACAAAAAGACAGCAAUUGACACAAGAGCUUUGGGCAGCACUAGAUCGCACCAAACGAUGUGGUUCUUGUGUUAAGCUGCUGCAUGGCAAAGGGGUUAAAUGUGGUACCUGUAGUGGGCAUUGCCACACUAUGUGCCUGCAAAAGAAGGGCCUGUGUUUUCUUUGUGCUUAUGACUCUGACGUUGUCCAGGUGGACAACACGGAAGAGGUUGUUGUCGUGGAGAAUGCUACCUACACUCAGAUGGAAGCAGAGACCACAGAGAAAGGAGUUGCAGAUGGUGGCCUGGCACAAGAAUCAGCGGCCGCAGAGGGGGAACAAGUAUUAUUUGAAGUGGAGAGUGUUCUCCGAAUAUCUGAUGGGACCAAGGCCAAAAGAUAUACAGUGACAAGGGAGGAACUGUUUAGAAGGUGUGGGUCACCAGAGUGCUAUUCAUCCAAUGCUCUGGUGGCCUACUUAAGGAAAGGCAAGAGCCAAAAAGAGGUGCUCAUGGCCAAGUUGCACAAGUCGGAGGUCAAGCCAGGACCACGAAUAAGGCUGUCAACAAGUGUCAGCAAGUUGUGUGAAGAGGAAUGUGUGACCCUUUCAGAGGAUCUGAACUUCCUGGCAGCAAAGUUCCUCCCCAUCACCAAAAUCAGCCAGACCUGUCUGGAGGAGGGUGAUGGGUUACAUGAGGCCAUUGCAAAAACUGAAAACUGCAGGAAGACACUGGGACACCUCCUGACCACCAUGGAGGCCAAUUGGCAAAAUUAUGGCCUGGCCACUCAUGGCCUUGGUCCCCAAAUGUUGAAGGGCACCUUUGCCCUGAUCGACACCUAUCUGGCCAAAAAAAUUUAAAUUUUGGAGACCCAGAAAUAAAAGACAAACAAGCCAGUCUCCAACCGGCCCAAUAACUGUAUAUCAAGUGUUCAACAUGUUCAAUAAAAUCAGUCCUUUGA